AUGGCCGCGCAAAACAAACAAGUGUGCCUGAUCAUUGGAGCGAGUCGCGGGAUCGGUCGUCAAGUGGCCAUCGAUCUCGCGAGGGAGGGAUACUAUGUCGUCGUCUCGGCCAAAACGACGUCGGACGCCUCUUCGAUCCCGCCGUCCUCGUUCCCCCCGGACCCCAACUCCCCAGCAUCGACAAUCAACACGGUCGCCCGCGAGAUCACCGAGGCGGGCGGGUCGGCGCUCGCCCUCCGCAUCGACGUCCGAGACGUCGACAACGUCAAGGACGUGGUUGACGACGUGGUCCGCCGACUCGGCCGCCUCGACGUGCUGAUCUACAACUCCGGCGCGAUCUGGUGGUCGGCCGUCGAGACCACGCCCGUCAAACGAUUCCUGCUCCUCCAGCAGGUCAAUCCGCAGGGCCUGUACGCCGCCGUCGCCGCCGCGCUGCCGCAUUUCAGCACCCAGCACCAGCACCAGCAGCAGGGCUGCUGGAAGGGGCGGAUCAUCGUCGUCUCGCCGCCCAUCUACUCGCGGUUUUUCCGCGGCAAGACGGCCUACGCCAUGGGCAAGGUCGGCAUGAGUGUCUUGACCAAAGGCCUGGCCAUGGACUUUGUCAGGCAGGGGAGGAAGGACAUGGCCAUCACGAGUAUCUGGCCUGCGUCGUCAAUCGAAUCGGCGGCCACCCGAGACUCGACCAGACGAGAACCUCACCUCGCCAAGGAUCUGAGACACGCUACAAUCUACAGCGAUGCCAUCCUCGCAAUGCUCCGGUCUCCGGCCGAAGAGGUCAACGGUCUGCUCGUCACGGACGAGGACUUUCUCCGCAAGAAGGGAGUGACGGACUUUUCAAAGUAUAGUGUCGUCCCUGGCUCGACGCCGCGGCGGAUCAUGCCGGCCGAAUUCCCGGUCUUGGAAGUGGCGGAACAGGAUGAUGAAGGGAGGAGGGUCGAUAGUGUGGUGUUGCGGCAGGGACGCGACAAGAGCAAGUUGUAG